AUGCUAACAUCCUACAAUCUUCUUCGCUCCCGCUUCCGCCGCUGCCACCACUACGCCGCCGCCUACCGUUCCCUCUCCGUGGUACUCGUGAAACCGGACCACCAUCCGCCUCCUAUCGUUCCCUCCUUUUCGCAUCCUUCAAAGCCUAAACAAUUCAUUCUUCUCGCCUUCAAUGCUCAUCGCUUCCACUGUCAUCGCAGUUUCUUCACCAGGGCUAAGCCGGCUCAGAACAUCGAAUUCAACGAUCGCCACAGUCAGCGUGCUGUUAAAACUGCAUUGUGGUGUAACUUUCUUGUUUUUUCACUCAAGUUUGGAGUAUGGUUAGCUUCCUCUAGUCAUGUUAUGUUUGCUGAAGUCAUCCAUUCAGUUGCCGAUUUUGCAAACCAGGCGCUACUUGCUUAUGGUCUAAGUAGCUCAAGACGCGCACCAGAUGCUAUUCAUCCUUAUGGCUAUUCCAAGGAAAGAUUUGUUUGGUCCUUGAUAUCUGCUGUUGGAAUAUUUUGUCUCGGUUCUGGUGCCACCGUUGUUAAUGGAGUUCAGAAUUUGUGGGUUGCACAGCCCCCUGAGAAUAUGCAUUAUGCAGCUUUGGUUAUAUGUGGUUCAUUUGUCAUUGAAGGUGCUUCUCUUAUUGUUGCAAUACAAGCUGUUAAGAAAGGUGCAGCUGCGGAGGGAAUGAAAUUAAGAGACUAUAUUUGGCGUGGCCAUGAUCCUACAUCUGUUGCUGUGAUGACAGAGGAUGGUGCUGCAGUCACCGGCCUUCUCAUUGCUGGGGCAUCAUUGGUUGCGGUAAACGUAACUGGAAAUGGCAUUUAUGAUCCCAUAGGUUCCAUUAUAGUUGGCAACUUACUUGGAAUGGUAGCCAUAUUUCUUAUCCAGAGAAAUCGACAUGCUUUGAUUGGUAGAGCUAUUGAUGACCAUGAUAUGGAGAAAGUACUUCACUUUUUGAAAAAUGACCCGGUUGUAGAUUCCCUCUAUGAUUGCAAAAGUGAAGUUAUUGGGCCUGGAUUCUUCAGAUUUAAGGCAGAAAUAGAUUUUAAUGGAGAGAUGGUGGUGCAAAACUAUCUUAAAAGGACUGGACGUGGAGAGUGGGCAAGACAGUUUCGUGAAGCUGCAAAGAAGAAGGAUGAUACUGCCCUGAUGAAUAUUAUGUCAAAUUAUGGUGAGGAAGUAGUUACAGCUUUAGGAAGUGAAGUAGAUAGAUUAGAGAAGGAAAUCCAGAAUCUCGUGCCUGGUAUUCGGCAUGUUGAUAUUGAGGCCCACAAUCCCCCAACAGAGACGACCUUUUCAAGUGAAAGUAUUCAAUAA